UAGACAUCUGUCAAAAGGAAAUUCCUUCACCCAAAAUACAAAACUGCGUUAAAAAUUCGACUAUGAUAUUACAUUAACGAUCGUGUAUGGCUUCCGGGUUCACGAACCCGGAAGAGCCAUACGGAAGCCCGCAGGAGCGCAAACUCAAGAAAUUCGCGCUCGAUAGUACGGAGUAACUCUGUCUGCGCCGCUAUUUACUCUCACUGGAUCCAAAACGGUGACAUGCGACCGUCCAGGAACUCUUUGCGGCGGCCCGUGACGCCAACAUGGUCCCGAACAUCUCCCUGGACCCGGUCCUCAACUCCUUCCUGUCUCUGGACUCGUCGGCCGCGCUGCAGCACCAGUACUCUUCGCUGCAGAGGAGCCUAAGCGAGGAGCAGCGGGCGGCGUUGGGCCUCCAUCUUAACCGAGAGCUGGGAGGCGCCAGGGUCACGCACGGCGGCGUCGGUGUGGUCGCACUGGCUUUGUCAUUGCUGUUGGACCACGUUGCCCAACAGGUGAGGGGCAACAUUUCAGGACAUCCUGGCCAAUGGCCUCUGACAAAACCGCCCAAAAAGAUUUUUGGCCUCGCAAUCUCUUCGCGAAUCGGCCGUAUUGCGCACAACUACCUGCGCUCGAUCCCGGGCCUGGCCAACGACCAGGACACGAUGGCCGAGACCACGGAGAUCUACGAUACCUGGAUGAAACUGGAAAUGCUGGACCAUUACCAGAGGAUGACCAAGAAGAAGAGGAUGAGUUCAGUGUCCAUGCAGCAGUGGUUGACUGGAGCCGCACUUCAUCUCCAUAUGAGGAUACACCAGGUUCGUCUUCAUUCUGUGCCAAUUGGGUCGGUGGAGUCUCUUCGGUUGUCCUACAAGACGGCGUUAAACCGCCUGGUGCAAGGUUACACCAUCUACCUCCACAGGAACAUUUGGGAGAGUGCAGCAUCUGCACCGCGGCGUGGCAGUAACGGUACCCGCUCCAGUGGGUGGCCCUUUAACGUCAGCCAAGCAGAGACGUUCAACGAGACGAGCCACGGCGGAGCUUGUAGAACCGAUGAAGUGGCUUCCAAAAAGGGGCUCUUGGUCAUUGAGCCGGGCAGAAAUGUCAGUCACAACGUGCUGCAUCACCCCUGCGAAUCUCCGGCCAUCCAGCGAGCUUUGGUGAUGCGCAUCAUAAACGCACAAGACCUGGAGCACAGCAGAAGCUUUUUCUUGCACUCCAAAAAAGUCUUCCAGCAACUGCUCGCACAGGAGGAUGCUUUUGAGCUCAGUCCAAUCUAGAUGGGUUUGGAACUUUUUUUUUUUAAAUAUGUAAUGUUUGGAAGGUUGGCCACAGAGCCCAAUCACAAAAUAUUUUUUUUGUGUCCAUCGUACAGUUAAUUCAACUUACAUAGCGCCCUUUUUGUAGCAUUAUAUAAUAAGAUAAAAGAGGCAAAGAUCGGCAACAAAGCAAUAGUCCUUUAAUAACAACGGCACAUAACUGUUCAAAAAAGGUUCAUCACAAUUAUAUCGAGUAAUAACUAAAUAUUGUACAACGCAAGUGUCAUAUGCAACAACAACAAAAAGAAUCACUGCCCACUUACAUUUUUGUGUGCUAUACAAGUUACCGGUAAGUCAAUCCUUUAUUACACACAAAUAUACAUUUAAGCCGAAUGUAAACGUUCAUCAAACUCUGCAUGAUGUUACUGUGGCUUACAAUAAUACGAAAUAUACAUUUUAGGAAUAAAACUCGUUUUAGAUGAACAUUUGGGUCUGCUGCUCUACUGUAUUUUUGUUCCGUUUGCUGUAUCUUCGCUGAGACUGAUGUUUUUUUAAAUCGCAUAUGAAUUUGAAAUGUUACACUGUCCAACGUGCUUAUUAAUAUUGAGAAAAUUGAAUAACAGGAACAAUGAAUCCCUUUUUUUAUCAGCGUUUAUCUGUGACGUGUGUUGUUUUGAAGAUG